AUGAAAAUCUGUCAGUAUCAUUCAGUUAAACUGAAGCACCAACAAGGAAUCUCAAUGACUACAACACCAAAAGACGGAUCAAAAGUAACAAGCAUGACUGCUGCCUCAAUAGCUAAUUUUGCAAACCAAAAUGCUACCACAAUGCCACUGCUGAUUCUGGAUCCGCCACUGGCCGUAAUGAAGACCACUGGAACAUUUUAUGCAGCUGCCCGCCUAUCUGGUGCCACUCCUCCUCCCUGUCAUACGUUGAGCAGAAGUAUAGGGUGGCAGGUUCAAGAAGUUGUCCCUAAGGUUUUUUUCAGCACCUUCUUAUCUCAGGAGAAUGUUGGGCUUCUUGGACUGACACAUGUAGGAAGUAGGAGAGUUGUUCAAGUGUCUACAUCUUUCAUGAUCCUUUUCUCCAUAUUUGGAAAAUUUGAAUCCUUCUUUGCAUCAAUCCCUCUACCAAUAUUUGCUGCCAUAUAUUGCGUUCUGUAUGGAAUAGUUGCUGCCAGUGGGAUUUCCUUCAUUCAAUUUACGAACAAUAAUUCCAUGAGGAAUAUGUACGUUUUGGGGCUGAGUCUUUUCCUUGGAAUAUCGAUACCUUAUUACUUUAUGAGUUACACCAUGACAGCAAAUCAUGGGCCUGUUAACACCGGUGGUGCAUGGAUUCUCAGUUUCGAAGUUAUGACAAAGAGCAGAUUGACGAAGUAAAGAACCGAAUGGGUGCGCCAUGUUGUUCAACAAUUGUAUAAUAGCUAGGUUAUGUUGAAGGAACCAACAAACAUUAGACUCUAUUAAUUAAUGUA